AUGUAUGACAGAACAAAUAUAUAUAUAGGUGACUGUUCUACCCACUCUACUGAUGAGUUGUACUCACUACUUGCAGGCGUGUACCGCUGUAAGGCCGUGUAUCUACCUGCGAACCAGACGACCUUUAACGUCAAGUUCAGUGAGGCGAGACUUCCGGCCUGCUUGCCAGGUGCACUUGCCCAAUCUACUGAUUUGUGGCCACCGUAUCAAAGAUACGAGAAUAACAUAAUGAGAAGUAAUUUCGCGUGCUACGUGAACUCCAGUCUUGUGGUCGAGCUGGUCAGCCUGGAGGUCAGCGUCGUCAGGAAUGGGUCACGCGUAGUGCUGGCCUACAUCAACAGUUACCUGAACGACGCUAAAGUCAGUUACUCCAGUGGAGACGUGCAGGUGGCGGGUAGCAUCUACCCGCUCAGCCCGAGCGUUCGAGUCUCAGCGUAACUCAGGUGCUGGAUCAGUCAGAGGAGAAAGCACUGUAUACAACCACCUGCAAGGCCGUGUAUUCCGGCAAAAACAUCAGCGACAACCCGAUCGUGUCCAUGGCAGACGGGAAAAUGUGGUUCAGGAAAUGAGAACUGUGGACGACGAUGGAAAUCCAGAAAAAAAAAUACUUUAACAAUUUUUUACAAAAGUGUGAUGUAAAACGCACAGUGUAGACACAGUAGACAGACUUGACCAUCAAUGGCUAACUUGUAAAACAAGAAAUAAUUUCUUCGCUGUAUAGCUCCUAUCGGACACUCAGUAGAAUGUAGCACUGUGAUUCGUUUCUCUUUAAAUUCUAGCUUCCAACGACAGUCAGUCCAUCAGUAACCACGUGGUACUUGUUGUGGUAGUUGUUGUGUGUUUAGUGAUUACCACACCUUAGACAACAUUUCAACGCCUGUCAUGUGUUAGAGGAUGUACCAUGCUGCUGGUGUGUGUUUGUGUGUGUGUUCGGUGAUUUAGCAUAUCGCUGUUUUGUUUGUCUGCUUGGCCUUUUUUUUUUUUUUAUUUUUGUAACUUCAAUUUAAUUAUCUAGAAGCUUUGUUUCUCAAUUACAUUGAUGUUAGGGCGUGAUUCAGGGACCGCGGCGAUCAAUCGUACGGUGAUCGAUUCCCAGACUGCCUAGCAGUACUACAAUCCUUUCUGGCGUUGUAAUGUUUACUCCAUUACUCUCUCGAUUUAAAAUGUCCCACAGACUUCCGGUACAAUACAUUUAGUAAGUUAUUUCCCUUCAAUAGAUACAUGGUAACAAUGCAUUAUCUCCCGAUUAUUCAUACUGACUCGUGAACCUAUAUUUGACAAUACUGGAUUACUUGUAAAGCAAACAGAGAAAUGAUUUUCUUUGCUCCAUCACUCCUGCCAACUGGUCGUCAGUUUGGUUUGUUUGUUUAUCAACCAGUUUCAAUAAACUGUUAUCACCUAAA